UGUAAAUAUUCUCGCCCCCUUCCAAGGUUUACUCUCCGAUUGCUUUCCUUGAUGGUUCAAUAAGGCAAUAACGCCGUGACAGGUACUCUUUCCCACCCUGCACUUUGAAGGAAAAAAUACAUGCAAGGCGAACCAAUUUAUUUAAUAUUACUUGCGUUUUUGUUUUUAAUUUGUUGUCUUGUAUGCCUUCCAAGAGCAUCAAUCAAAUAUAUUUUUAAUCUAAUCGUAUUUUCUCUGAGAUGGAAAUGAGAUGUCGCCCAACAACGGUGAUGUGCUGUGCUCUUGCGGUUCUCUGCUCCAUCGCUCGUUCCGUGAAUGCUUCAUUCGGGGACAGACAGUACCUCAACGAAUGGGCGGUGGAGAUUCCCGGAGGACCGGACGCCGCCAGGUCCAUUGCCAAAGAACUGGACUACCGAGUAGUCCGCCAGAUUGGGGCGCUAGAAAACCAUUACUUGUUUAAACACCAGACUCAUCCUAGCAGGACGAAACGAAGUGCCGAUCACAUCACCAAACGCCUGUCCGAAGAUGAUCGGGUAUCAUGGGCGGAGCAACAAUAUGAGAAGCGGCGCAGUAAGCGGGCGUCACUGGGGUCAUGCCGGGACUGUCCGGUGGACGAGCUGUUCAAUGACCCCAUGUGGAACCAGCAGUGGUACCUGCAAGACACUCGGACGUCGUCCUCCCUGCCCAAGCUGGACCUCCACGUGAUUCCUGUGUGGAAGAAAGGGUUCACAGGAAAAGGAGUGGUCAUCACCGUGCUGGACGACGGUCUGGAGUGGAACCACACUGACAUCUACCCCAACUAUGACGCAGCAGCCAGCUACGAUUUCAAUGACAACGACUCUGACCCCUUCCCCAGGUACGACUCCACCAAUGAGAACAAGCAUGGGACCAGGUGUGCCGGUGAGAUCGCCAUGCAGGCAGACAACAAUAAAUGUGGAGUCGGGGUGGCGUACAACUCCAAAGUUGGAGGGAUCCGCAUGUUGGACGGUAUUGUGACGGAUGCCAUCGAGGCCAGUUCUAUUGGCUUCAAUUCGGACCACGUGGACAUCUACAGUGCCAGCUGGGGACCCAACGAUGAUGGCAAGACGGUCGAGGGCCCCGGUCGCCUUGCGUCAAAAGCCUUUGAGUACGGCAUCCAGAAGGGCCGGGGAGGGAAGGGCUCUAUCUUCGUGUGGGCGUCAGGGAACGGGGGCCGCCAGGGGGACAACUGCGACUGCGACGGCUACACAGACAGCAUCUACACCAUCUCCAUCAGCAGUGCCUCCCAGCAGGGCCUGUCCCCCUGGUACGCUGAGAAGUGCUCCUCCACCCUAGCUACCGCCUACAGCAGCGGAGACUACACCGACCAGAGAAUAACCAGUGCUGAUUUGCAUAAUGAAUGCACAGAGACACACACAGGAACGUCCGCCUCCGCCCCACUGGCUGCUGGGAUAUUUGCCCUGGCACUGGAACAGAACCCUGAGCUGACGUGGAGGGAUCUGCAGCACUUGGUGGUGUGGACGUCUGAGUUCGACCCACUGGCCAACAACCCCGGCUGGAAGAGGAACGGGGCAGGCCUGAUGGUCAACAGUCGUUUUGGCUUCGGCCUGCUCAAUGCCAAGGCCCUGGUGGACCUGGCCGACCCGGCCACCUGGAAACACGUCCCUGAGAAGAAACAGUGCAUAAUCAGGGACGACUCCUUCCAGCCCAGGGCAUUGAAAGCAGCWGUAGAGAUCACCAUUGAGAUCCCSACCAAGGCCUGUAAUGGCCAGGACAACGCUGUCCUCUCACUGGAGCAUGUGCAAGUGGAGGCCAGCAUCGAGUACACCAGGAGAGGAGACCUACACAUCACACUCACAUCCCCAUCAGGCACUAGCACGGUCCUGCUGGCAGAGAGAGAGAGGGACAUGUCAUCUAACGGCUUCAGGAACUGGGACUUCAUGUCUGUUCACACCUGGGGAGAAGACCCCACUGGCACCUGGACCCUCAAGAUAACUGACACGUCCGGGCGGAUGGAGAAUGAAGGCCAGAUCCUGACCUGGAAGUUGAUUCUCCACGGCACGUCAGAGAAGCCCGAGCACAUGAAGAAACCCAGAGUGUACGUCCCUUACAACGCUGUCCAGAAUGACCGUAGAGGAGUAGAGCACAUGGACGACAUGAUGGAGGAACUGUCCACCCAGGCUGAGGCCCACUCACCGCAGAAGACUCAACCUCCUCCUUCCGCCACCCCCAAGAUGAAGCAGAUGAGACCCUCCUCCCCACCCCUGUCCCCCUCCCUGGCCCUCCUGCGUCUCCUCCAGACRGCCUUCAACCGGCAGACCCCCACCGCCCUGCCUCAGUCCCCAGAAAAGGCCUCCUCUAGCAGGGGAGAGCAGCACCAGGGCAGGCCACACUCCAUUCCAGGGGGAGCAGGCCCUCGCAUCGCUCCCCAGAAGCUGUACCAGGCCCUGGACAGGAUCAACCAGUACCAGCAGGCCGGGCAGGAUGACAGCCUUUACAGCGACUACAGUGACGGCUUCUACAGCGCCAAGCCCUACAAGCACAGAGAUGACCGGCUGCUGCAGGCACUCUUCAACAUGCUCUCUGACGACAAGCAGUGAGGGRGGGRGGGCAUGGGGUGGAACUCAGUGUGUGCAGGCUUUUGUUCCAGACCCAACAUAUCCAGCCCUGUAGGAUUCAGGGACGAUUGAACUAAUCAUGGUCUACAUUGAAGAUUGUGCUUAGUUAACUAUCGGUAGUUGAAUCAGGUGUGUUAGUGCUGGGCUCAAGCCUACACAGCCCUGCGGUUCUCCUUGGUCAAGAUUGGCCACCCCGGGGUAUGGUGUGAGAGAGAUAGGGUGAGGAGGCGGCGGCUGGGCAUGGAAGGAGCAUGCGAGAGAGGGGGAGAGUGAAAGCCAGAGAGAAACUCUUCCAGCCAAACGUGUUGUUGUUUUUCCAAAACUCUGYUUUUCUUACCUUGCAGCAUUCCAGCCUGUCUCUCUGUCUAUCUGUCUUUCAUUCUGCACAGUUGUAGGUCGGUUGCAUCUCAAUUCCCGCAAGUGGCUUCCCUUCCUCUUCCUCCUCCCACUCCUCCUAAUGUAGUGAAACCUGGCUAGCCCAUAGACUUCCGCCAUAUUGAUUCAGUCUUCUAAGAUCAGUAUGCAUGAAAGAAAAGAGGCAUACUUAGAUUCAACUAGGAUUCCAUUCCAUCCGCCUCCUCCAGCCAUUUAUCCACCUCUAUCCACCAUCAUUCCACCCCCUUCCUCCAGCCAUCUAUCCACCUCUAUCCACCAUCAUUCCACCCCCUUCCUCAAGCCAUCUAUCCACCUCUAUCCACCAUCAUUCCACCCCCCUCCUCCAGCCAUCUAUCCACCUCUAUCCACCACCUCCUCUAGCCACCUAUCCACCUCUAUCCACCAUCCUUCCACACUCCUCCAGCCAUCUAUCCACCUCUAUC